AAUUCUAGCCUUGCAUAUACCAGUUAUCAGAGCCAUGAGCUAUAAGGCGCAGAAGUCUAUGGUUCAGCCAAUCAACCUGAUUUAUCAGUACUUUAAAAACCAAAACAAACUUCAAAUAUGGCUUUGUGAACAAACAGACAUUCGAUUGGAAGGAAGACUUAUUGGUUUUGACGAAUAUAUGAAUUUUGUGCUCGAUGACGCGAUUGAAAUUUCGCUGAAAAAAAGUACCAGAAAGCCUAUUGGCAGGUUACUAAUAAAGGGUGACAACAUCUCACUCAUCGCAGAUACUGGCGGAAAGUAAGACUGCAUGCGUUGUACCGAA